CAUCCACCAGCUUUGGGCCGCACAGCUGUGGACGCCUCCGUGCCUGACUUGGCGCGUCCUGGGGCCAGGCCAUGGAGGUCAGCUACGCCUUGGCUUCCCAGUGCCGCUGGGCCGCCUGGGCCGCGGCCAAAGCAGGUGCUGAGGUGGUCCAGCCAGACGGUGCGGCCGCCUACCUGAGCGAGCUGGCCAAGGUGCCAAGAGCUCCUGAGGAGCUCUCGCACAGCCUGGCGGACGCCCUUGCACGCACGCGCCAAGCGGCUGGCGAGUCUUGGGAGGAGUGGCGCCCGGUGGUCGAGGCCGUGGUGGAGCUGGCCUCCCACGCAGCGAAGAGCUCGCCGAGCUCGCGGCCAUCGACUGAGCGCCAGGCCAGCGCUGGAAAAAGCGGCGGUAACGCCUUCUGCGCGUUGACUCGGAUGGCCACCCAAUUUGGACUCUACUGGCGUCACCGCUGCGACCCCAGCAGCGACCGGGACACGCCGCAGCGCUGCUUGGCGCAUGCGCUGCAGGCCUUUCACCAAGCCCAUUGGGCCCAGCCACCCUGGCGGGGCACCAACCUGGGAGGGUGGUUUCUCCUCGAGCCGGGUCCUGCAUCGCCCUUCUUUGAAACUUGCCAUGCCAAGAUCAAAGAGAUCAAUGGCCAAAGCGGCAAAGAGGAGCCGUCGCCCGCGCGCGAGGCGCCCCAAGGCCUGGGCGACGAGUGGUCGCUCUGCGCCGCGCUGCGCGCGGCGGGCGGCGAGGAGCUCCGGCGGCAACUCUUCGACCACCACCGAGCGCAUCACUACACGGCGGAAACCAUGCGGAACAUCGUUCAGUGCGGCUUGAACGCGGUGCGCUUACCAUUUGGAUAUUGGGUGGUACAAGAGCCAGGAGCGGGCGAAGCCUACGAAGGACCUUGCCUGGAAGCCUUGGACCGGGCGGUGGCGCUGAUCGAAGAUGUCGGAGCGCUUCAGCUACUGCUGGACCUGCACGGCUGCCCGGGCGGGGAGAGCGGCGAUCGACCCUGCGGGCGGCACGACAGCAGCUGGAGCUGGGAACGCUGGAGGACGGACGAGGCUGUGAAGAUCCUGGCCAUCGUAGCCGCGCGAUACUGCGACAAGUCUUGUGUCACGGGCAUUCAGGUGUGCAACGAGCCCUCCGAGCGCAUGCCGGUGGGUCGGCUGUGUGACUUCUACGAGAAUGCCAUUGAGGCAGUGCGUGGGGCAGGGAUGAGCGCCGACAAGGUAGCGGUGGUGCUGCCGAUCUUCACGCACUGGAGGGCGCCGGAGGUCACCGACGCCUGGGCCGAGCGGGGGAAUUUCAUGAAGUACGACAAUGUGGUGUUCGACCUGCACUACUACCACAACUUCUCAUCCAUUUGGAACCUCCUCUCCCACCGGCAGCAUGUGGACGUGGUCGCGUGCCACGCGCUGGAGUUGAAGUGCUUGCCGCAUGCGAUGGUCGGGGAAUGGAGCACCUCCAGGCCGGGGCAGUUCUCGGAGGCCGAGCAGGCGGACUUUGCGCGGCAACAGGUGUUGGGCUACAACCACGCCAGCCACGGCUGGUUUUUUUGGAAUUGGCAUGACCAUGAGUUCUACACCGAUUGGGACAUGGAGCGAGGCGCUUUCAAGACCGGCCGCUUACCCAAGCCUUUGGGCCCUAGCGAGCUGCAGGGCUUCCUACGCCCAGAGUGGGAAGAAGACGGACGGGGAGGACGCGAGCGACUUCUUUUCCCACGUUUUACCUGGGAUCCUGGACCUGGAUAAUGGUCCUUAGUCUCGGAAUCCUGGAACAACUUGUUCUGAGUGUGCCGCAGCCAAGGAACACCUAAGGGAGUGUCAGAUGGUUGAGCGUUGGGACAUCGGGUUGGCCCCUUCACUGACAUGUCACGUGAGAGUCAUGUGCCCAGAGAGAUCCCAAGCCCCAGAGUUUUGGAUCCCAUUUCGUUGCCCCUUUAGGCAGCUCUUUGCCCUGUACGGCAGCCCAGACUGAGUGGCUCAGACUGCGGCUUUGAAACUACUUCAGAAGAAUAGACAUCAUAAUGCAAAUGGUUCUCGACAGUGCAGGAAAGGAAUAUCUCAUGUACCCCUAAUUCCCACAGGCAGGAUUGACUUGUAGGGUUUUGGCGGACAAUCCCAUUCUUGUGUCCCAAAAGAACUCGUCCAGGGGCCAGUGGUGUCCCUUGGCAAAAUCGAGCAUUCUGGAAGAGGAGACCCAGUUCCAGCAUGGGGUUUGUCCGGGUUGGUCGUUUCUAUCAUAUUUGACUCUUUCCCUCGCCUGGUGUUUAGGAAGAGUCAGAGACCUGACAGGGUUCCAGCAAUGGUCGCCGUUUUGCUGCUUGUGGUGGGAGUGACACCGCUCAACUACUCCAAUGCAUAUUGUACCGACCGCUAAGGGCAACGCCAAUGUUCCAUCCAAAUCCAUCAUUAUGUUCUAUCAAAGUUUCUGUAUCCAAAUGCAUCCAAUUCCUUCCAACCAAGUUUCGCACAAAUCCCGAAACUUGUGAUUACUAAGUAAUGCCCUUUGCUACUAGUAGCGGUGUCCUUGCUACGUUCGUACCUUCUUGCUCGUAGUAGUCCGGCCAGGAGCUACGUUCGUAGCUUCUUGCUACUCCAUCAUGUUCCAUCCUUCCAUUUCGCAUCACCUUGACGCCUCGGAGUCUGCCGCCCAAGGCCGUGCACCUGGCAUGUGGCCACGGCUCAUGGGCUGGGCUAGCUAUGCACAGCAGCUUUGGCGAGUCUAUGGCUGAGGUGGACCAAUGCGGGGAGAACUUGCCCUGCGCCGGUGCUCGCUGUGGAGAAAAAGAGCAGGGCGUCAUCGGCGUCCCGGGAGACAAUGGGGGCUUAUCGCAAAAGGAGAAGCAGGCUGUCACUCCAUUUGGUUUCGAUCUGGGAAGUGAGAAGUCUCAUCAGCUCUUUUUUAAAAGGCGCUGGGGGCUU